AUGUUCUGUUUGACAGUCUUUCGCGUACCUGCCACGCGUGAUAUGGUGACAGCAUUGUUGAACCCCAAAGAAAAGAAGAGCUUUUUCGAUCUUCUGACACUGGGCACCAUGGCCGUCGAGAUUGCUUUGCUGUUCUUGCUCCCUACGUGGGCCAAGCAGACACUGUUCAUCUUCAUCUUUUUCUUUUGGCGAUUGGCAUACAAUGCCGGUCUGGGCGCACUACUGAAAUACCAGAGCGAUAGCCGAGGACUGGUCCGCAUGGCCCAGAAGUACCAAAUCUUUGACCAAGAUGCAAACCCAAAGGCUUACCGUUGGCUCAAGACACAGUUGAGUAUGAAGAUGGGCGAUGACUAUGACUUUGCGUCGGCUCCGAUAGAGUACAAUACCUGGCUGCUGUACCGCCAGUUGGUCGACUUGAUCCUGAUGAACGACUUUACCUCGUACAUCUGCUUUACCUUGGCCUGGUUUAAUCUCUCUCCCCAGUCCACGUUCAUCUUUGGCGAUGCUCUGCGCUGGGCUGGCGGCCUCUUUAUGAUCCUAUUCAACAUCUGGGUCAAGCUCGAUGCUCAGCGCGUAGUCAAGGACUUUGCAUGGUAUUGGGGCGACUUCUUUUACCUGAUCGAGCAGUCCCUGACCUUCGAUGGCGUGUUUGAGAUGGCACCUCAUCCGAUGUACUCGGUGGGCUACAUUGGCUACUACGGUCUCUCCCUGAUGAGUGCAAGCUACACGGUGCUCUUUGUCAGUAUCGCUGCACAUGCAUUGCAGUUUGCCUUCCUUGUUUAUGUGGAAACUCCUCAUAUCGACAAGACCUACAACCCGCCUACCCUUCCCAAGCGCCAACCUACAGCUGGUGGCUUCGUUUCAUCCGACGAAGAUGCUCGAGAUAUCAAUACGACCUUGGACAAAAACGCCACACGCGACUUUUACUCGUACUAUUUCCGCCGCGAUCUGAUUGUGUUCAAGAACUUUGACCUCUGCCGCUCCACCGAUCUUGCAUCCGCCGUUCUCAUGUUCUACUCGCUCAUCACCCCGCUCAUUAUCGGUGGUGAGGCUGGUGUUGCAUUUGCUGUUGGACAAGCCGUGUUCUGGCGCAUCUUCCAUUCGUACGGUCUGGGUGCUUUGUUGCGUGCACAAUCCCAGAACAAGCUGUUCACGCGUCAUUUCGUCAAGUGGGGUGGUGGUGUCGAGCAAGCCUUUGCCAACUGGAAGAGCAUCUAUAACCUCUCAUUGUGCAUGACUUACAUUACCUUCUCUGUGGCCUGUUGGGAAAUGUACUCCUUGCCGAGCAACUGGACAUAUGGUUUGACAUUAUUGCGACACACGCUCGGCUUGGGUUUCAUUUCUUUGCAUAUUUGGACUGCGGUAUCGAUCUAUGAAGUGCUCGGUGAUUAUGGCUGGUUCUAUGGUGAUUUCUUCAUGGAGGAUCAACAGACCACCCUUUUGUACACUGGCAUCUACCGCUACCUCAACAACCCUGAAAAGAUUGUCGGCCACGCUGCAAUCUGGGGCAUGACACUCAUGGCCAACAGCUGGGCUAUCUAUGUCCUUGCCUUGUUCUCGCAAAUUUCGACCUUUUUGUUCCUGAACUACGUCGAAGCACCGCAUAUGCGCAAGCUCUACGGUAAUCAGAUCCGCAAGGAGGCCGGUUUGACAAAGACCCUGAAGUCUGCUGCUAUUGCUUUGCCCAACGCUAUUCCGGACAAAUUCCAGCAAGAAGUCAGCAAGUUGAUCCGCGAAACCGCCGAAUUGCAAGCUGCUGUCAACACAACCAAGAACGUCGAACGUAUUGUCAAGGAGAUGGUUGAAAAGGUGGAAAAAACUGCUGAGGAAACGGCUGGUGCUGUGGGUGAUAUGGUCGAGGCUGCCCGUCCUCGCUUGCAGGAAGUUUUGGAGGAAACCAAGACGCUGCUCGAAACCUCACGCUCGCGCCUGAUCCAUCCUUUGGUUGACAACAACAUUGGCACGUACGAUUUGAGUCGCUACUCUGUUCAAAUCAAGACCCCCUCUGCAGACGGAUUCACUCUCGGUCAUCCUAUACAAUUAUCAUGGACUGCGCCCGAGAAGCACGGAGAGCGUGAUUGGAUCGGCGUGUAUAAGGUCACGGCAAACAAGCAUCGACAUAUUACAAACAUCAGCUCACGGGGCUUGUGGCAAUGGACAACCGCUAAACAAGGCGAAACUGAGGGCACAUUGGUCUUUAAGGGGACUCAGUUGCCUUGGAAGACCGGCACAUACGAAUUCCGAUACCACCAUGACGGCAAACACAAUGUCAUGGCACGAAGUGUGGCGUUUGAAAUCACAGCACCCAAGGCACCAUCUGUGCAGGACACUGAUGCAGUGCAACGCUGCAUGCUCCGCUUGAUCCAGAAUGUUCUCGGUAAUGAUCCCGAACGUAUGCCCGUGACGCCAGUCGAUGAAUACAUUGGGAUGGGUGAGACUGAAGCACAGUAUAUCGCAUAUGCCAUCAAGUUUAUGUACGGUGUUGAAUUCGCUUGGGAGAUCGUACUAGCCGACAAGUGUGUGGCGCGACUGACAAAGCGAAUUAGUCAUGCUUUGGACGCGUUAGCACCAUUCUCGGCAGUAGUGGAGGAGAAGAAGCAUGCCGCAACAAAUGGCCACGCACCUUCAUCAUCAUCAACAACUUCUUCGUCUCCGUCCAAAAACCCAUGUAGUCCAACUAUGAUGGCCAAGGUCACUAGUGAUUCCGCACUGUAUUGA